AUGAGGGUCUUUACACAGGAAAGAGAUGCUCAAUGUGAUUCAUCAGAUGUGGCUAUUGUACAAAAUUGCUUCAGUAUUUAUUUUAAAUUUUUUAAUCUUUCAAUUAAACCAUUCCCAUCAUUUGAAACAUAUCAAAAUGUCACUGAAAUGUAUCUUCUUUCUAAGGGAGCCAUUGGACAGGCUGCUAUUUGUGGACAAAAAAAUGCUCUCUCUUUAUGUUUAUCAUCUCUUGAAAAUGAAUGUGUAAAUUUUAAUGGAUUAAGUAUGGUUUUUAGACUUGAUCCAGAAAAUGCUUAUCAUUAUAAUAUGGAUUAUUAUAUAUCUCAAUAUGAAUGUGGUAUUGGAUAUAAUGUUACAAUUAACAACUUUUUCUGUAUUGAAUCAUGUAGUACAUAUGAAUUUGUAGCAGAAGAAAAAUGUGCUGAAGCUUUAGUUGGUGGAGGUCAUAAUUCUUCUGACUGUUCACCAUAUAAUACUUAUAUUCAAUGUAUGUCAAAAGUUUUUGGUAACUAUUGUGGAAAUGAUGUUGGAAGAUGGAUGUGUAAUGCACAAACUUAUGGUAUUUUAAAAGAUGUUCCAUUUUGUAAACAAACUUUUACUUCAUGUAAUUCUGUUUAA